UACACACACACACUGACCCACAGGGAGUUUUAGACGUCCACGUUUCUCCGUGAUCGGCUCAGGAUUGUGUUCCCUGUGAAGCUGCUGACGUAAUUAAUUAUAUACAGCAUCUUUGUUAUAUUAAAAGACGGCAGUUAAGAGGAGAUACCAGACAAACGGAAGCUACAUACGGUACCUGAAGACAAAAAAGAAAGACGAUUACAGGAGUUUGGUUGAAUUUAAAAGUGUGCAAAUAUGUAUGAUGUGGAAGGCGCCAGGAGAACGGAGAUGGCUGGGGAGGAAGCGGAGGACCUUAGAAACAGACGGUUCUGGAGCAAGUGGUGUCACGAUGGCCCCGCUUUCUGGUGUAAAAAGUACUUUUGGGAAGGUCAGCUGAAACAAGGGGCAGUAGAUGAAGGCAACGAAAACGUCACCAAUACCAGGGGCCCCUUAAGCGGUUUGUCACCAUCGAAGCGUAAACUUGUGGGACUGUUGAUUCCUGCUGCCUUCUUCCACUUCUGGUACUGGUCCAUCAUGACCUACAGGAACCUCUUCUAUGUUUAUGAGACCAAGUAUCCCAUGUCCAUCACUAUGGUCUUUGGUUCCAUCAUUGCUGGAAUGACGAGUGUGGGUGGAGGUGCAGUAGCAUUUCCAGUGAUGACCUUAGUGAUGAAGGAGACACCAACAAUAGCACGCGACGUCUCUAUGGCUAUACAAGCUAAUGGAAUGACAGCUGCAUCAUUCUCGAUAAUUUUUAUGAAGGUUCAUAUAGAAAGACACGCCUUAUUGUUUAGUUUGCUUGGAUCUUCUAUUGGUGUCAUAUUUGGUCUGGAGGUGAUAGAUCCCUUGCUAACACCACCCAUGAAAAAGAUGGGGUUUGUCAGCAUUUUCUUUGCUUUUGCAUUUGCAUUGUUUCUGAUCAACUGGGAUCACAAAAGAACAACAUACAAUAGUAUUCCAGAAUUAAAUUGGUGGAAAAUAUUACUAAUUUGUAUAUUUGGGUUUAUUGGUGGAAUAUUCACCUCCUUUUCUGGUAGUGGGGCUGAUAUCUGCAUGUUUAGUCUCCUCACACUUUUCUUUAAGGUUUCAGAGAAAGUAGCGACCCCUACUUCUGUAGUUCUGAUGGCCAUGACGUCAAUGGUGUGUUGGUGGUGGAGGUCUCUCGUGACAGGGGCGAUGCCUCAAGAAAGUUGGGAAUAUCUACUUGCUCUUGUCCCCAUUGUUACAAUAGGAGCGCCAUUUGGUGCUAUUAUUGGUACACAUUUCCACCGACUAGUGUUGGCCGCUUGUGUAUACAUUCUUAACACACUGUCUUUAGUUGGUGCCUUUGUAAUAGUUCCUCAAACAGCUUCUCUUACUGGGGGCUCAAUUGGUAUUAUUGUGGCCACGUUUCUUCUCUUUUGCCUCAUAUUUAAACUUGGCGAUCGUAUGAAUUUAAAGUAUGAGAAUGCGACAAAUAGAAAGAAAGAGAUCGCAGAAGUUAAAACUCCUCCAGUCAGUGGCAACGCAAACAGUGGUGCUCAAACAUGGCGCGGUGUCUCCGCAAUAGACAACCCAACAUAUCUUUCUAGUACAGAGAAUAUCUCAAAUAUGUAACUCCGGUUUUGAGUCUUGUUUUGGGAUACUAUACAGAGUCCUUAAAGUAAAUACUGGAUAAACAAAUAUUACAAUAUUAAUUAUUUCUUGGAAUCACUGUACUAAAAGCCGGUGUAAAUGAAAUAUCAUUGAACACUCAGUACAGGUUUUGUGUCAAUCUUAUUUAAAUACUAAAUACUGUGAUUAUGCCUUAGGACACCGUGACCUUUUAACAUUAGUGUGCUGUUACGCGACCUAGAGAUUAGGCUACACUUCGCAUGCCAAAUAUGGUUUAGGUGAAAUUUCUAAUAUAGUUACGACAAUGAUGUUCUUAGGACCAUUUGGUGACCAUGCACUUCUGUCUAAUUUGACUACCAAAUCGCCAUUUUUUAAAUAAAUGGGUCAUUAUAGAAAGACUGCUUGCCAUGGCAGUUGUCAGUAAUUGUACCAAGUAUGAAAUCUACCCAUAAAACUAUUCUAAAGCUUUCACCAAGACCGAAAAUGUUUCUCUCAGUGGUGUAAACAACCUGGUUAUAUACUUUUACGAGUCCAGCUUCUGUAUUAAUUUGUUAUAUAGUUUUAAUGCCUCAAGUUACAAUAUUGUAAUGAUUUGGGAAUUACUGUACCUGUUCUUCAUACCUACAUAUAUACAUGUUUGAACAAAGUUUCGGAAUGUGAAUUAAAGUUUUGAUAAGUACACGC